AUGGAAUUUAAGUACAUUAAUGAUAGAAAUAAAACUCCCAACUCAAAAUCUCGUGUGUUUUCAAGUACUAAUAAUAGCAACGAUACUAGCUUUAAAUUUUUGCCUAGUUAUUCGACUCCACCCUCUAGGUAUACGAAAAUUGUAAAUCCUUUUGAAAAACGGCUGAUAGAUAGGCUGCACCUUCCAACGUUUAGCCCAUCUGUAUUUGCCACUGUAUCAACCCCCAAGACUGAAGAAAAGUUCGUGUGGACUAUAGAGGAUAUUUCAAGUUUAAAACCUGCCGAUAUAGAUGAAGCAACUAUUAGCCAACAUGUGUUUGAAGAAGACCCUCAUAUAGAAUCUGUGGCACAGCAAAAAAUCGAUGAAUUCUUUAAUGACAAGGUGAUAGUUCCUAGCCCAAUGGUCGAAGUUGUUAGAGUGCCACUAGUGACUGAUAGUGCAGAAAACUUAUUUAAGUUGACUGAAUCUAAGGAAUAUUGUGAUGGUUCGACACAGACUGUUCUCUCCCUACCUCCAGUGUUGCCACCACAUGUAGAAGAAAUACUUAAGCCAUACUUUCUGCCCGCAGAAGCCCAACAAAAGACUGACGAAAACGAUGUUCUUUAUAAGAAUCUUUUUAAUUUCGACACAAAUGCUGGAUGUUGUACUGAUCAAGACGAUAGCCACUCCGUGUUAUCCGGAAAAGGAUUCUCUCCAGUAAAUUCUCCCGUCCGCAUGGAUAGAAAACAUUCGCUGCCUUUUGAGAUGCCAUAUUUAGCAGACUGUAGCCUGUCACCUAUAGAAUCUUCGCAAAAUGCCUACCAGCUUCCUGAACAGUUAUCCGAAUCACCCGUGAACUGGGAAAUGGAAUACCGCCACAUAUCGUUCGUCUCACCCAGUAGCAGUCCGGAUUCCGAAAAAAUGGAUCUGUCCAAUCCCCAUACGCCAAACACAGGGUUAUUCACUAGUCAAAGAAAAAGACUCAGCGACAGCUUUAAAGAAGACGAUGACGACUUUGAAAAAGAAAUCGAAGUGGUCGCUACCAAGGAAAACAGCACUAGACUCGGUAGGAAGUUGUUCAAGAACGACUUGACCGAUAAUGGUUAUCAUACGGAAAGUAUCAAUUUUUACGACGAGUCUCGAACGAGUUCGCAUAUGUUCGCGUCUACCCCUACGAAAACACAAAAGAUGUAG